CAGGGCCGCUGGAGUUCGCGGGAAACCGGUUGUAGUCGCGAUACAUUAAGCCUAUUUGGACUCUGGUCGGACUCUGUCUUUGAUACAAAACCAACGUCUCAUUAAUCGAACCAUUUUAAACUCUUACGGGUGAAAACGCAGCAGUGACACAGCUGAAAACCGCCGUAUUUUCUGUGCUGUCCUGGCUGCAACGCUAACAUCCGACGCUAGUUAGCUUGCUAGGUUGUCACGCUGGCUAACGGGAACGCUGUGGUUCAUGCGACAGGACAGAGAAAAUACUGCUGGCAAUAAAGAGACAAAGGGCUGACGCAGUCAGGCACGAAACAUACUGUUGAAAUGAGCAGGUUCAAUCUAGACCGUUUUCGUUUUGACAAGAAGGCAGCGACGACAGCGAACAAAGACCAGCUCGGCUCCAAAAGUCCCGAGUCUGAGAAGGAGAACAAGCCAGCUCAGAUGAAACCUGUCAAAGCCCCACCAAAGUCCCAUGCCCGAGGAGUGGUUUUUGAAGAAGUCCUCACAAUUGACUUGGAGGAGGAUGAGCUCUCUGAAACACAGACCAAAAUAUCACUAACCAGGAAGUGCAAGAAUUCCACAGGGAAAUCAUCCAAAAAUGUGGAAACGCAUCAUACAGAUGACGAGGACAACGACUUGGAGGACAAAGUGAGCAGGCUACAGGAGAUGUUUCCUCAGUUAACGAGGACGGAGCUGCUGGGGGUCAUUGGGACCACGAGCACUUUGGACGGAGCUGUAGCUGCAUGCCUUUUAAAAUUCGGUGAUAAAGAAGGUCCAGACCAAGGCAGGAAGAGAAAGCAGGAUGGAUCCAGCAGUUCUCAGGACAGUGGUGAGAUUCAACCCAGCAAGAAGAGGAGGUCGUCAGUGGUUUCUGCUGAAGAAGAUGAUGAAGGCAAAGAGCCAAGCUGGGAGAAGCAGGAAGCCAUGGUUAGAAGACUUCAGAAAAAGUUUCCAGACCAGGACAAGGAGGAGCUGCGGAUGGUGCUGCAGGAACAUGACUGGAAUGUUGAGGAUGCUCUGCAGGUUCUACAGAUGUUCUCAGACCCAGAUAAUACCAGCUUCAGCUCACCAGAGACGGAAGAAAAGAAAUCCAGUAAAUCGAAGAGCAAAGACAAGUCAAGCAGGGACCACAGAAAGUUGGACCGCCACAGAGAUCACAGAGACAACAAAAAAAGGAAAGACCGUAAGGACCACAGAAAUAUUAGUGAAACAGAGGAGAGUAUAGAUGACUCAGACGCUACAAAGGACAGUGAAGACGAUUCAGACUCGGACAACAGAGAAGGUUCCAAAAAGAAAAGUAGCACUUCCACUCUGUCUACAUGGCUUAAAAAAAGUUCAGAUUCAGCGUCCUCGUCCUCCUCUGUCAAGAAAGCCACUACCUUUUCCUCCCUGAAGCCGUCCUCCUCCUCUUCCUCCUCCUCCUCCUCUACUGCCCAGAUGCUGUCCAGAUUUGCCAGUGGGACCAGUAUAGCUAAAAAACAGGCAGCAGAGAGCAAAAGGAAGGCGCGGGCCUCAGAUGAACAUGUCAGCUCUGAGGGGGAAAAUGACGGCGAAGAGGACACCGUUAGCAGUGAGUUUGAGGACUCUGAUGAUGAGCUGGACUCUAAAGGUGGCAUGACAGAACUGAAGAAGGAGAUCAUCACGUUCUUCCAAAAUGCAACAAUUGAUGAGCUGUCGCUGAUUGCCGGAUGCUCGGUUAAAAAGGCCCAGAAGAUUGUGGAACUGAGACCCUUUGAUAGCUGGCAAAGCCUGAUUGAUGUCUUCCACAAGGACAAUGGACUUUCUGAGGACUUACUGCUGGGCUGCAGAGUUGUCCUCAAAGAGCGGAAGGUUGUCCUGGGGCUCAUGUCCAAAUGUGAGACCAUUUCUUCAAAAAUGGUCAAACAGGUCACUGAGGUGAUGGAGAAGGGCACAGGGAGCAUGAAACAGCCCCACGUACUCAACAGCAACUUCCAGCUGAAGCCCUAUCAGCUGAUUGGUCUCAAGUGGCUGCUGCUUCUGCAUGAGCACAAACUGAGUGGUAUCCUCGCUGAUGAAAUGGGUUUGGGGAAAACUAUCCAGGCUAUUGCAUUUCUGUCCCAGCUAUACCAGAAUGGAAUAGAAGGUCCUCAUCUCAUCACUGUGCCGUCCUCCACACUGGACAACUGGGUCAGAGAGCUGAAGCUGUGGUGUCCAAGCCUCAAAGUUCUAGUCUAUUAUGGAUCCAUGGAGGACCGCCGCUACCUCAGACAUGACAUCCUCAGCGGGGAAGUUGAGUUCAACGUCAUUGUGACCACGUAUAACUUGGCCAUAGGAAACGAUUACGACCGCAGCCUUUUCCGCAAGCUGAGUCUGAAGUAUGCUGUGUUUGAUGAAGGUCACAUGCUGAAGAACAUGAACUCUCUGCGUUACCGUCACCUCAUGGCUAUUAACGCAGAGCAUCGCUUGCUGCUGACAGGAACUCCUUUACAGAACAACCUCUUAGAGCUGAUGUCUCUCCUGAAUUUCAUCAUGCCCUCUUUGUUCUCUAGCUCCACCACACAGCUCUCCAAAAUGUUUUCUAUGAAAUCCCACGAGGAGCAGAGCCGCUUUGAGAGGGAUCGUAUUUCUCAGGCCAAACUCAUCAUGAAACCUUUUAUCCUCCGAAGAGUCAAAAACGAGGUCCUCAAGCAGCUGCCAGGCAAGGAAGAAAAGGUUGAGUCCUGCUCAAUGAGUGAGAAACAGCAGGUUCUUUACCAGACCCUCUUUAAAAAACUCAAGACCUCCACCAACGGCGAGACGCGCCAGUUGUGUAACGUGAUGAUGCAGUUGAGGAAGAUGGCCAAUCACCCUCUGCUCCAUAGGCAGUACUAUACCACAGAAAAGCUCAAAGCCAUGAGCAAACUCAUGCUCAAGGAGCCAACUCACUUUGACGCAGAUCCUGCUCUGAUCCAGGAGGACAUGGAAGUGAUGUCAGACUUUGAGCUGCAUCGUCUGUGCCAGCAGUACUCCUCCAUCAGCUCCUACCAGCUUGAAACUGAUCUACUUCUUGACUCUGGGAAAUUCCAUCACCUCACAGAGCUGCUGUCCUCGCUGAAAAACAAAGGAGACCGAGUGGUGUUAUUCAGUCAGUUCACCAUGAUGCUGGACAUUGUGGAAGUGCUGCUAAAACAUCUUAAGCAUCGUUACGUCAGACUGGAUGGAUCUACACCCAUAGCUGACAGGAUUGUGCUGAUUGAUGAGUUCAACACAGAUCCUGAUAUAUUUGUGUUCCUGUUGUCAACGCGUGCUGGUGGCCUGGGCAUCAACCUAACCUCAGCUAAUGUUGUCAUCCUACACGACAUAGACUGCAAUCCAUACAAUGACAAACAGGCCGAGGACAGAUGUCACCGUGUUGGCCAGACAAGGACCGUACAGGUGAUUAAGCUGAUCAGUAAGGACAGCAUAGAGGACUGCAUACUGCAGCUGGGCCAGAAGAAACUAAAACUGGAGCAGGACAUGACCGCUGCUGAACGGGGUAUUGAGGGGACCAUACCUGAAGAUAUGGCAUCUUUGCUCAAAGCCUCACUGGGACUGUGAUACACGAACAUGUGAAAGCUGAGACUGCACAAAUAUGUUUUUGAUGGCAUUCCUGUGAUUCUGGGCAGACUUGAGUGUUCCGACUGAACACAUACUUUAGUGUCUAUACUAGAAAACUACUGAGAACCAUAUGCUGCCAUGAGAAAAAGUACUGAGGAUGAGAUCUGUUUUACUGUGUAGCAUGGUAGCUGUGCCUAAAACACUAUUUUUACAUGUUCACAGUUUUUGCUCCUACUUUGAUUAUAGAGGCAAGACAAAGAUUUUGCCUUUCUAAAUCUUAUGCACUCCAUAUGUUAUGCGGUGGUCUCAAGCUGCAGAAGCUUGAAAGAAGGUGGCGUUUAGAAGUUCAGUCAAAACUGUCAGGAAUGCAGCAUGUGUACGAGUACACCUUCAAACGUGGUUGACUGAAGGAAAGUAUCGCCAUUUAAGCUCAGAGAACCCACACAGUCUUAUAUCAUUCACAUUCAGGUGAAGUUACUGUUUGCUGGUCAGGAAAAAGAAGCUCACUGGCAAUCUUUGAUGGAUGAAAUAUUCAAAAUGCUAGUCAGGAAAUAGUGCUUACUUUUCUAAAGAGGCGAUGCAUGCAGAAUGGAAAAUGUCUUUUUUUUUAUCUAUCCUUCAUAACAGGAAGUGUUGGGUCUUGCCAGCUAUUUUUGAAAAAAGUAAUUUACAUCAAAACUUUUUUUGCAUUUGAACAGCAGGUAGGACAACUGCACUGAAAAUGUUGCCAUUCACAUUGAUUUCCUCCGCUACCAUUUCUUAUCAAACUUUUUUGACAGUUGAGGUUGCAUCAAAGCGUCGGCCAAGUAUCUGGAAAAUUGUACUCUGUCACUGUAAGUGUAAUGUGUUGAGUUUCACCCUGAUGUCAUAUUUUAAGGCAGUUUUUCAACAAAGGCAGACCGAUUGACCUUUUUUGACUGAAGAUACAUGGUUGUGUGAGUGUAGUUGGUGUGUUUAAUACGCAAAUACUCCAGAUUUUCUAGUGCAUAAAACUAGAAAAACUAAAACAAAAAUAUGAAAUAGAAUGUCUUUAAUAAAUAUGGUGCUUGAAUUGUUUCUUACUUCUCCUUUAAACAUCUUAGCCAAGCGACACAACGAGGAUGAUGAUUUGAGGAAGUAGCUGCUGCAUUCAUGUACUGUGUAAGUGGCUAAAGUGUUGUGAGUGUCCAAGUGUUACUGUAAAAACUUUAAUGAAGUUAUUUGUAUGUUUUUAAGGCUCCUGUUUGAACUGAAU